GUACACAGCACAGUACCGUUUCGUUGUCUGAAACGUAACGUUGUGUCAAAACCUACAAUGAUAACGUCCGAAUUUUUUCGAUCCGAUUCUAAAAUCAAUUUUUAUGCUACAACUAUAUAAUUUAUUCGUGUAUUGUGUAUGAUUACGGUAUAACCUCGAUUGAUGUAUCAUUUUGGCAUGUUUUAUUCUAAUUCGUAUAGACUAUACCACACAGUAUAAGUACCUACUUCUAUAAGCGUUGCCGUAAGAAAUCAACAAAUAAAAAUAGGAAAUUGGUAGAAAUUUUAUCGAUAUCCAUCGACAAACAUUUAAAAGUGUUUUAAUAAUUAGCUAAUCGUAUACACCUACUUACAUUAGUAUGUGACUAUCGCACAUGUGUAUUUGGCUCCCAACUAUCAAAACGGGCAUUAUAGCGUCACGUCUCAUCAGCGCCCAAAUAACUAGACAUGCGACCGUGUCAGUGGACGCAAAUCCAUCGGUGUCGCCAGAGAGAUUAGCGACCACGACGGUUGCUGCCGCCGUGGUCGGUGACAAUCAACAGCAGCAAUGUACCGCGGCGGUAACUGUAAGCGACCACCACCUGUGCGAUGUGCAACAACCGGCUGCGGGAACCACUGCGUCUACUGAUAGUCCGCGAGAUUUGCAAGUGGUUUCCUGCAUCAAGACUGAAUCUGCGACGACGACGGUGGUGACGACCUCCCCGCGACCAAUAUGUCCAAACUUACCUUACUCGCCUGCGUGUUCACCACGGUUAGCCAGACGCCGGCCGCCGUUGCGUGAGUGUCGCGUGUCCGUCAACGUACAAAGCUUAGACGAUCCGAAUGCUCAUCAAAAGCUCAACCAGUACAAACUCAUCGACUCCAUUGGACAGGGAUCUUAUGGACUUGUAAAAUUGGCGUAUAAUGAGCUAGAUGACAAACAUUACGCUAUGAAAAUAUUAUCUAAGAAAAAAUUAAUGAAAAAGUCAGGCUGUUUUGGGAGACUUAACGCCAGACGUAAAGGGGCCAAUCCAUUAGACAAAAUAUACAGGGAAAUAGCUUUGUUAAAAAAACUUGAUCAUCCUAAUGUAGUAAAACUAGUAGAAGUUUUAGAGGAUCCAGAUGAAGAUCAUCUUUAUUUGGUUUUUGAAUUAUUGGAGCGUGGAGAAGUGAUGCAAGUUCCUGGUGAUCCUCCAAUGUCUGAAUCAAAAGCCAGGUCAUACUUUAGGGAUAUUUUAUUGGGAUUAGAAUAUUUACACUUUCAGCGGAUCGUACACAGGGACAUAAAACCUUCAAACUUAUUGAUUGACGCAAGCGGGCACGUAAAAAUCGCUGACUUAGGCGUAUGCAACGAGUUUGACGGAAGUGACGACCUGUUGAGUUCAAGUGCUGGCACGCCGGCGUUUACGGCUCCUGAAGUGCUGGACCCGUCUACGAAAACAUACAGCGGUCGAGCGCUUGACGUGUGGGCACUGGGUUGCACAUUGUAUGCUUUCGUCUAUGGUCGAUUGCCGUACACCGCUGACACGGUGCUAGCGGUACACGAGCAAAUCCGCACGCAACCUGUACAGUGGCCAGUCGAACCUGAAACAUCUCCACAGUUAGUGCACCUGUUGCACCGCCUCCUGGACAAGGACCCAGACACUAGGAUUACGUUACCAGCCGUCAAACAGCACGACUGGGUGACCAAGGCGGGGACCGAGAUGCUGCCCACCGAGCAGGAUAACUACUGUCGGGAGCCGGUCGAAGUUAGCGAGGAAGAAAUGAUGAACGUCGUCAAAUCCAUACCCAAACUUAACACCUUGAUAUUAAUUAAGGCAAUGCUAAAGAAUCAUUCGUUCCUUAAUCCGUUUGCAGCAGACGAGUCGAAACGAAAACUUCAAUCAUCUAACCGUUCACACUCGGCACCCGGAGCGUGCUCUUGGUUUAGGUCAAGAUCGUUAUCCAUGGAGACAACCAAUCUACAGCCUGUCAAAGAACAUGUUGUAAAAGAAAAAUGAUAACCAGCUAUGUUAUUUUUGUACUUUAAUUCUUUUUACUUAAAUUAUUAAAUAUUAAAAAUUUGACCAAAAAAAUAUUGUUAUAUACUUAUAUUUAUAAUCUAUAUUGUAAAAUAAUCUUUGCAAAAUCCAUAUUGUUGUAAGACGUUUGAUCAAUCAUUUCAAUUUUUAACAGUGUAUUGCAGUGUGAUUUACUUAUUUUAUA